AUGAAUCCAAAUUGUAAUCAAGUUUUAAAAGAAGAAAAGGAAGGAAUAUGUGAUAACAAACCAGUAAUCAAAAACACAUUAGAAAACCCAUCCCAAAAUCUAGAAUACAAAUUAAAGAUUUCAUAUAUUAUAAAUGAACCAACUGCCCCUUUAAAGGCUUUAACGAUUUUACGGAGAACGGAGAAUAAAAAGUUUGGGUUUGGGCUGUUAUUCAAGAAAAUAUGGCAUUUUUAUAAAGCUUGUCAUGGCCAAAGAUUAUUUAGCAUUAAAACAUAUCAAGGAUUAUUUAGCAUUAAAAAUAUCAAGCAUUAUGUAUCAUUAAACAUAUCAAGGAUUUAA